UGCUGGCUUGGUUGUAGCACCGUGCCAGGAGUGUGUUGCAGAGCUAUCCUCCCUGGGAACCGAGGAAGCUGAGCACUCCUUCAUUAGCCAAAAUUCACACUCACUUGUAUUUGUAUCUUGCUUUGCAGAUGGGAAAUGCAUCCAACGCCUCUGUGUUCAUCUCCACCUUAUCGGAGAGAGAAGACUUGAUUUUUGGCACACUCUAUUUAGUCUUUGGCAUUGCGUCCCUCUCUGGGAACUCGCUGCUCCUGCUGGUGGCCUAUCAGAAGAGGUCCAUGCUGAAGCCUGCCGAGUUCUUCAUUGUCAACCUGGCCAUCAGUGAUCUGAGCAUGACGGUGACGCUCUUCCCCUUGGCCACCUCCUCCUUCUUUGCACACAGGUGGUUGUUCAACCAGGCGGUGUGCACCCUCUACGCCUUCUGCGGGGUCUUGUUCGGGCUGUGCAGCCUCACCAGCCUGACGGUGCUCAGCACGGUUUGCUGCCUGAAGGUCUGUUACCCAGCAUAUGGCAACAAGUUCUCCCCCUGCCACGCCGGAGUGCUGCUGCUGUGCGUCUGGGCAUACGCUCUGAUGUUUGCCACGGCCCCCCUGGCCAAGUGGGGCAGCUACGGCCCUGAGCCCUAUGGGACAGCCUGCUGCAUCAUGUGGAAAGCCUCAAGCAGGGAGGCCACGAUCUACAUCCUCACCCUCUUCGUCUUCUGCUACCUUCUCCCCUGCCUCCUCAUCCUCGUCUCCUACUCGCUGAUCCUCUGGACGGUGCGGGUGUCCCGGAGAGCCAUCAGACAGCACACGUCCCCCCAGCGCAGAGCCCACAGCGUGCACAGCCUGGUCAUGAAGCUGAGCGUUGCUGUGUGCCUGGGGUUCCUGGCUGCCUGGACCCCUUAUGCCAUCAUCGCCCUGUGGGCAGUACUCGGCGAUGCCAGCCAGGUGCCAGCGCUGGCCUUCGUGCUGUCAGCCGUUUUUGCCAAGUCCUCGACACUCUACAACCCUCUGGUGUACCUGCUUUUCAAGCCCAACUUCCAUAAGUUCCUCUCCAAAGACAUGGUGCUCCUCCAGGCCAUCCGCACCCUCUUCUGCUGUGGCUGCCCAAGUGCCACCCUCCAGCCCUUCCCAUCCCCGGGCUUCAGUGACCACCCUGGGGCUUGCAGAAACUGCAAUGACACUUUUGAGUGUUUCAGUAACUACCCCAAGUGCUACAAACCCCCCCAGGCACCUGGCAGCUCACCCCGGAACGCUCCCCUGGCUAUCCUGGCCGAUGGAGCUGCUUGCCGGCCGGGGCUGAAGAGGACGGUGCAGGUGAUGGUGCUUGUCACACGGAAGAGGUCAGGCCCGAGCGCUGCGAAUGUGGUGGGGGAAGCCCUGCCGUCGAAUAUCAUGAAAGACCUUCUCUGAGCCCAGCCGGGCUUGGCUGAGUCCUAUCAGCACACUGGAAGACAAAACCAACCACAACUUUUCUCUCAUCUAUGUAUCUGAUGGGUUGCCAGCAUGUUCUGCAGAUGAAGUGACACAAAAAUUUAAGACCAACCUUGCCCCCCCCUCUGGUUUGGCUCUUGCAACUCUGAGCCUAGUCUUUGCACUUGCAAAAAAAAAAAAAAACAAACCACCAAACCAAAAAAAGACUCCAGUGCCUGUAAUCUGCCCAGGGUGCAAGUCCAGGGUGCAAUUCCUCCUGCAGCUUGCUCUCUGGGCCCUUGGCCUUUGCUUUUUCAUCCUGGUGCUCUGAUGACCAAGUAGGAACAUGGUUGUCUUAAGAAACUGCCUGGCAGGGAGGGCUGGGGGCAAGGAGGCCCUGAGAGGCAUCCUACCUGCAGUGCCAGCUCCUAUAGCCCCUGCUGACCACGUCCUUUCCCGUUGGGGAGCAGGACCACGCUGCUCGGCUACCUCACUUGGUAUUAUGAAGCAUCUUUACGCAUCUCUCAAGAGACUACUCUCCGUGCAGGCUGAGUUACCCCACUCCCUUGAUUUGAAUGCAAACCCAGCACCAUCCUAUAGAUAGAAAUGGGAGCUUGUCUUUAGAGUAAGGAUUUGGGGUUAAAAUAAUCCCGGUGCGAGUAAUAGCAGUCCCAGGUCAUGCUCUCCAGGCAGAGAAUGGCAAAUCUGUGGGCCAAGCACCAUCCUGGAGACAGGGCCUUGGAUGUAGGGUAGCUGGGGCGACGGGGCAGCUCAUGCCAUCUGCACUGCCUGGGCAACAGCAUCCUGUGGGCUUGUAGUCGGCAUUUAGCGUUUAGUGUGGUCAGUUUACCCAUGUGAACAGUCUGGGAUGAAAAAGACCAAGAAGCUGUGAAAGGGCCCAAUGCAAAGCCAUCAACAGAAAAAUCCCCGCGUUACCCGCUGUGGCAGGUGCAGGGCGCGCUCGCAGACGCCCCUCUCCAGUAGCACGCUGGCAGCCCUGCGGUGAAGCUCGCCUGGGGCUGAGCUUGGAGGGCUUCCCGUCCCACGCCCCCCCCCCCCCCAGCACCGAGCCGCUUGUGUGCCCAGCCUUGGGCACAGCAGGAGCUGGUUUUGCUUUGCAGGGGGUGAACAACACAGCCAGAGUGCUGAGAGGUUGGUUAUGUCCCCAAAAAUUAAAAGAUGCAUUCAAGGUGAUGAGAAGAGUCAGUAGCAGAGAUGGGAAAUGUGCUGCCCUCUGGCAACCAGCUGGCCAUUUACUCGUGGGAGUGCUUUACGUUGUCACUGGAUAACAAACAAAACCACACCGCAACUCAUCGCUAGAGCUGCAGCAUUAAAUUACGGACAUGCUAAUUGGGAAUAGUGAACCAUUUUCUGCACCGAAUGCUGGGAAACAGCCACUUCCCCUGAUGCUGUCACUGGCUGAGCUCUGCCCGCCAGCCGACCUGCCUGUAAGCGGACCCUGAGCUCUCCAGAUACAGGUAUUGCUGGUUUUAGCAGUUGCUCCCAGACCCGGGAUGUAUCACUGCCUUUUCGUAGCACCAAUACAGCAGCCUCCUCUCUUCCAAGGACACAGAGCACUUGACAAAAGACCCGCUGGCUGCAGGGCAUGCACAAAUGGGGGGGGGGGGGCAGGUGUGGUCCCCGGGGGAGCAGACAGCAGAUGCCCACCACCGGUCAUUUAAGCUACAAACUUGGUCCCGGUGAACCCAGGCAUUAAAAAUAUUGAGUUGGUUUUUUUUUUUACCUCAGUGUUAUGGCCCAAUUCCAGUGUAGGUGGCAACUGGGCCGGUGUGAGCUCUGCGGUGGGGAAAGCUGUUGCUGCAUGCAGAGGGACCCAGUGAAGCAGUGACGGCUGCUGGGGCACCGGUGGUCCUGCCCUUGCUUUCCUUGUGUGUGCCAUCAUUACUGGCUGCUCCUGCUGCACACCUCUAAUUAGCGUACGACAGCAUGGCAGUUGUGGCACUUGCUUUUGUCCCUUGGCCAUUUCCCCAUAGCCACUUUAACUAGCAGUCUCCCCGUGACAGGAGAGGGCCUGUGACAAGAGAGGGUCAUUGAUACCUCUAGGGUGCACUUGUAUCUUCCCGGGAUGGUUUUGCCCAUGUGUGAGACCUGCAGGUGCAGAUGGUUGGGGCAGGGUUUAUGCACAAGAGCCAAGUAAUAACUGAAAGUCUAUGCGAAGAGCAACAUUCCUGCCUUUGUUGCUAUGCAAAAACCCCCCACUCAACCCAAAGAUGUGCAAUAUUUGCAAAAUGCUGCAAACAAACAAAGAAAAAUCAGGGCAGCCAGUGAAGAGACAGGACAAAGUUUCCAAUGUGGGUACGCAUUUCUAGGAGCGUCAGUCACCACCUGGCCCAGGGCAUGGCUGCUCAGCUCCUUCCCACACUGCAGCUCGGGGCUCUGCUCCCUGUGCCCUGUCCCAGGCACUCUAGCACACGAGGGAAUCACAAACACUCAGCGUCUCUGCUGACUAGUCAU